AUGGCACCACCGACAUCUCGACCACGAUCCCCCUCGCAACGUCCCCUCCCCGGAUCUCCAACUUAUUCAUAUGCUUCCACACUUCCCCUCGCAUCCACAUUUUCCCUUGCGCUUCCACCUCCACCAGCUCCUCACCCACCCCACGCCGUCCUUACAAAAGCCGACCUAGAACUUUCCCAAAUCGCCUAUUCCGAACUCAUCAGCACCGCCAAAAGCUAUCGACUAGCACUCGCAGAGCUAAGCUCGUCUGCAUCCGCUUUUGGUAGUGCUUUAGAAGCAUGUGCACGAUUAAAAGAAGCAAGAUCGGAAGCCUUGGCUACCCCUGGCGGCAGUCUCAGCAACAGUUUCACUGCAAAAGGGAAUUGUACGGGGGAUAACCUGAUGUCUGCUAGUGGGGUACACCAGUUGAUAGCGAACCAUCAGCAAAUACUUUCAGAAUGUGUAUACCGAUCAUUUGAGGUGCCUUUGCUGCAUGAACUAGACAAUUGGGGUAGGCAAAUCGAGGAAGAGGAGGUCUCAUAUCGAAAGGAAGUGAAGAACAGGAGCAAAGAGAUACAAAAAAUGGAAAAGGAAGGGCUAAAACUACACAAGCAGAGGAAGCGAGACGUGCGAGGGUUCCGAGGACAUCUAGUGGAGUUAACUACAAGGCUUGAUGGUCUUACAACACUACACGGUGAACAUUCAAGAGCUUUAUUGAGAGAUUGUCAAGAUGUGAGCACCAAGGUAGUCGAAGCUAGUUCCUCUCUCGUCCGCGCAGAGGUGGAAAUAUUUGAAGCCCUUGCACGAAAAGGUUGGACAGGAGGUGGUCUCGAAGAUCUACUCGAACACGGUCAAGAUCUCUUCUCCUCGGAACCCCCUUCUACGAACACAGACUCGAAUGGUAGCCCAUCUAAGAUUUUCAGCAUUCUGCCACAAAAAUCAAUCCUUGUAGAUGCCACGCAGCCCGCUACCGAUGCGCCCCAUAAAAAGGUGAACCACAAGCGUAGCGAUAGUCUCCUUGUUGACAACAAUCAUUACCAGUCACUAGCUGCAGUCGCAGAUCGUGAUAUAGAUAGCGGAUCAAUAUUCUCCGAGCGAGACACCAGGAUUCUGAACCGCUCCCGAGGCGUAAGGCCCUUUAGUCCAGAGGCCGUCGAAAGAAGCCUAGAUCCACUUGAGUUACCUCCGCCUAGUCAAAUUCCCAGCCAACUUCCAUCUCCCAGAGAAGAAUAUAGCGAGAGAUCAAGAUUCGAGGCUUUCGGCUCUGUCACACCAGAAAUCUUUAAAGACGAGACUAUCCUAGAUUCGCAAGUCCCGUCACCAAUCUCCUCGCCGGAAAUAUUUGCAGAAACAGAGACAGGGAUGCAGACAGAGACCAACGGAGUGCCAUCAACAGACAAUCGAGCUGAUAUGGCACACGAGACUAGUAGUAUGCACUCUGAGGGUACCAUCCGCGGAGACGAGCGAAUUUCAUCACCAGAAACCGAGUCUGAACACGAUGAAGACAGAAGAGAGCGAGAAUGGAACGAUAGAUUUUAUGUUUAA